AUCUGCUGACAAGUAAAGUGCUUGCUUGUUACACAGUGCACUGAGAAGCUGAAGAAAGUAUACUUUAUAGCAGUCUUAUCUUCUGUCAACAUCAGACCUUUUGAGUUGUUACCGAGUCAGGCGAUGAAACACUGAAGAAGCACCAAGUUGUAAACUAUGAAGUGACUGGAUUAAAUAGAGUAAGAAUAUAUGCUGGCGUUCUCACGAGAACUUGAGGCUCCAACUUUUCAAGCAGAGGACUCUGUAGUACACAGCCACAAACUAUUCUCUACAUGAACUCAAAUAGGAAAGUGGGCCUAAAGAUAGUCAUACUUGGAACCCUUGGAGUGGGGAAGACAUCUCUUGCACAUCAGUACGUGAACAAACGAUUUUAUGAAGAUUAUAGAACAACACUGGGAGCUAGCAUCCUUUCCAAGAUUAUUGAAAUUGACAACACAAACCUGAAACUACAGAUCUGGGAUACUGGGGGCCAGGAACGUUUCAAGGCUAUGGUAUCUGCAUUCUACAAGGGAUCAGAUGGUUGUGUGUUAACCUUUGAUGUCACGGACAGGGACUCCUUUCGUGCUAUUGAAAAUUGGAGAGAGGACUUUCUAGAUAAAGUCCAUCCAAGAGACUCCAACUUCCCCAUGAUUGUCUUAGGAAACAAAAUUGACAUAAAGGAGAGGCAGGUGUCCAAAGACAUGGCUAAAGCCUGGUGUGAUGAGAGAAAUCUUCCGUACUUUGAAGUCAGUGCAAAGAAUGAUCUCAAUGUAGAUUUUGCUUUUGAAACACUAGCAAGAAAUGCACUAACAAAGUAUCGAGAAUCACUUGAAAGUUACUUCACAGACUCUAUAAAGCUAAAACCAAUGGACAAGCCUAGAAGAAAAUGCUGUUAAAAGGAAUCAUCUGCUAAGCUGCAUUAUGGCAUGUGUGGAAUAUGCCAUUCUAUGAACCAGCAGCAAACCUCUACCUCGCCAAGGAUUAAAGGCCACUGAAACUCACUAUUCUGAAUGUUCUGUCUGUAGCAUUCCAGUGUUGUAAUGGGGAUGAAAACAUGUACCUAAAAAGCUGAGACUCUGUGUAUCCAUUGAUUGGUGGUACCUGUUACAGUACAAAUGGGAGAGUGAGAGCAUCCAUUCAUUCAUGGUAUCGGUUACCUUAUAAAUGGGAACUUUUCUGGGUGUUCGUUCAUUCACAGUACCUUAUUAAGGGCUGUCUAAUCACUGGUGACAUUAGCCUUCAUUUUUGUCUUCCUCCUCAACAGUUGUGAAGAACCUAUAUGGGAACCUUUUGAGCUUACUUGCCUGUUACAUAACUGCCUUGGUUCCUCCUGAGCAGGCAUGGCAUUAAUAACUUUUAAGCACUUUAGUCUUUCUCACAUGUUUCACUUUUUAUUAAUAAUAUAUGUAAGAUAUUCAUUCCCAGUGUGGGUCUAUGUUUGGUUUUAACAGGAGUCUAUAUAAUAUGAGAAAUGUUGACAGUUACAAAGAUACAAGCUCUAUAUACUUUAAACUGGUAUUAUUGACUAUACAUAGUUCAUUUAAUGUACUUUUCUGUAAUUUUAUAAACUUAGUUUUACAGAAUGUUACAAAUGUUUGCUUUAAUAUCUGAGCAAAUACACCUUCGUAUUCAGUGAUCAUACCAGAACAGUACAGUAUUGCAAGCUUAAAUUUGGAAUGUUAUUCAGAAUGAAAGAUAAGAGACAGGGGCUUGCUGGGACAUAAACAAGUGAAGACGGCACAGUUAAUCUAUGUUGCUUCGGGGCACAAGUCAACAAAGCUUUUGGGAUGCAUAAAUAUUUCUGUUAGUCCUAGAAAAUAUAAGAUAAGCAUAGGUAGAUUACUUGAUCUCUUGAAGUUUUUGUGAAAGCAUAUAUUUCAUUUUAGAUGUAAUAAUGUAUGUAUAUGUGUAUGUAUACAUAUAUGUAUAUACUGCCAGACUCAUAAUCAAAGGCCAUAGAAUAGUGCCAAUGGUUGUAGACAUGUACAUGUACGAAACUGACCUGCAUCAUCAAUGUUCUUAAAUGCCCUGUUCUGUAACAUUGUUUUGUAUUGUUUUUUUGUAUUUGUUUAUUUUUAAGAUAAAAUAACAUAGCACAAUGAGAUUUAAUUCACUGAGAAAUAUACAUAACAUUGUGUUAAAUCUUUACUAAUAAGGUAGCUGGCACAAAUUGAAAUACUGCCCCCUCCAUUACACAUUUAAUAGUAGAACUGCCUAAGAUCAUGUAUAAGAGCAGGAAGCCCCACCAUGGACUAUAUAUUCCAUGCUUUGAUUUUAUUCCACUUCUUAUCUGUUUUUACACUACUGAGUCAAACUUUAAAUUCUAGUAACCACACAUGCUAUUUUAAUAUGUCAUGUCAUUCCCUUUGUUCAAACCUUCUUUUGAUAAUCUCUGUAAUAAAUAUAUUUUCUAUGUAAAUACUUGAUGUGAUGCUUUGAUUGUAUUCUUUGACACUGAAAUUUCUGCCCACUGGGCCCAUUGCUGAAAAGGGUGUGCAGACCAGUUAAUUUAUCUGGUUGUAAAAACGUAAUAAAUAAAUAUACAUUUUAUUUGA